UAGAGAUUUGGUAAAUCAUGGAUUCUCUUUUCAGUCUUUGCUUUAUUCGAUUUCCCAAACCCAAAAUGCAAAAUUAUUAAGAGUCAAACUAACAUUUAAUGUUUUAAAUGUAUUAUCUUGACUAGCUUUAAAAUCUUUUGGUUUCUAAUUGAGAUAAUUAUCUUUACAUAAUCAUCAUUCAUUAUAAAUUUGGUAAAUCGUGGAUCCUAUUUUUAGUCUUAGCUUUUUGGAUUUCCCAAAACCAAGAUGCAAAAUUAUUAAGAGUCAAACUAACAUGUAACAUUUAUUGCUAGCUAUAUCGCCUGUGCGUAGAUAUUAAUUAUAAGUAGCAUAUUAGUUCUGACUUAGAAAAAGGAAGUAAGAAGUUACAAGUUACAACAAUAUACACUAUAAGCAAAAGAAGAGAAAAAAAAGGAGGGAUAUGAAGUUGGAUGCAGUUUUGUUGCUUUGUUGUGUCUUGUUCUCCCUUGCGCCAAGCCUAAUUGUUGCGGAAAUAAGACCGUGGUGCCCAUCAAGAAAACAAACAUUUGAUGGUUCAUGCAAAAAAGAUUUCACACAAUGCUUUGAUGACUUAAAAGCAACAUGGGCUUCUGUUGGCGACCUUGGUCCAACCGAUUGUACUUGCACGUCUCAACCCCAAAACAAGCGUCUCUGCUAUUGUCGUUAUUUACCUUGCCCUAGCUAAAUACUAUAAUUUUAAUGAUUCAUAAAUCUAAUUGUUCUCAUACAUAUCUUCUAUAAUAAUAAAGUAAGAGUUGACAAAA